AGCUACGCGCUGAUUGGUCCCCUAACAGCCUGUGCGCUGACGUCAACACUAAGCGCCUGCCUUGGUUUCUGUUUCGGCUGCAGAGCUAACAGCUGCUUCAGCUAUGUUUUGGUUAGAUUUGGCCUCACGUGUGGAAUUUUCACAGCUCAGGGCCCGACUGUCAGCUGGAUGAUGAUCAUGCAAAGCAGCAGCAGUCUGGAGCAAACAUGUCGGUCUGCUGCAGUCUGUGCAGCUCACCACACAGCCGUGCACGUCAUCUGAAGUGCUAAGGUGGAGUCAGACUCUCUAUUGAUCAAAUAACUGGAACAGCGUUGAUUUGAACUCUUGACCAACUAUGGCUGAAUAGUUUUGGUUGAUCAGAUCGUCACUAAACUGCCUCUUCAUGUAGAGUCCACAGUGAGAUCCACUAAAUUGUGUUGAUGGGGCAGAAGCUGCCCGUCUCAGAAUUGGCCUGCAAGUCAGUUCUGCUGUAGAAUCAGAUCUGAUCCAUGACUGAGUACUACGAGGAGGGGGGGCUGCUGUAUGAGCAAUCACCUCCCAUGCACAUCAAAGUGGAGUCUCCAGAGGGACCCUUUGGAGGGGGAGCCUCCGAGAACGGCUUCCCCAGGGAGGAUGAGGACUCGGACGGCAGCUGUGACCAGAGCAGCUCCUUACCUGGAGGACUGCCGUUCAACGUGGUGGUGGUGCAUCCCAACAUCAUGGCGCCCGGCAUGUCCUCAGACGACCUGCUGUCCAUUGAGCAGAACAGAGCCAUGUCUGCUGCUCUGGCUGCAGGCGGAGCGGGAAAGAGAAAGAGCCGUUUCAGCGGAGCGGAGCUGGAAGUGCUGGUGUCGGAGGUCACCCGCUGCGAGGGAGAACUCUUUGGCCCCGCAGGGAGACUCCGGCGGCGAGAAAGAGAGCGCAUCUGGGCUGGAAUUCUGGAGAGGGUCAACGCUGUGUCCAGAGUCCCACGCACUCUCAGAGAGGUAAAAAAGCGCUGGGAUGAUUUAAAGAGGCGCAACGGAGGCAGGCUGGCGGACGCCCGCCACCGCACCUGUUACCUGCCGUCCAGCAGGGGGGCGUCCAUCCUCGGGCGUCCUUCCCAGCCAAGCCCCAGGCUUCAGCACGCCAGACAGAAGCAGAGCUCCAGGCCAAAGCCAAGUUUUCCCUGCUUUCCUGACUCUGACACAGGUUUGGGAGUGGACGGGUCCGAGAGGGAUGGUUUGGAGAAGGACGAGGACAAUCCUGAACGGGACAGAGACAUGGGAGAACCUGAGUGUGAACCAGUGGAGAACAGUAUGGAGGACAAACUGGGAUUGGGAUUGGGUCUGGGAAUAGGACCGCCCCCUCCAUCAGAAAGAUGGCUGCCUCCGUCUCCUCUCUACAGUGCGCCCUUCCUCAACGGCAGCCCCCAGCCCAGCAGUCCUCAGCCGUCCCUGGGAACACAGCAGGGUCCUCUGGAAGCCCCCCCACGCAGCUCCUGGCUUGAAGAUGAACUUCGGGGGUUGGGCGAAGCUGCCAUCCAGCUUGGAAGUAGGAUAGAAAAGAGCCUGCAGGACUUUGGCGAGGGUUUCAGACAGGACAUGAGGACCCUUGUUGCUUCACAAGAAGCAUUAGCGGUCAGUCUCCAACAAAACAAUAUCCUGUUGCAAAGGCUUCUGGGAGUCCUGGAGGCCCAGCAGCAGCAGCAGCCGCAGCAGCAUCGUGUACAACAAACCCACCCGCCACAAACGCCUCAGCACCACUUACAGUCCACCCAGCAGCAGCUUCAGCACGCGGACUCCCAGCAGCACCUGGACACGCCUCCACAACACCAAACGCAUCUGCAGCUGCACGUUCCCAAGCACACCAACGACAGCCCCGCUGGAGAAGACGCGCCUGCACCUUCGUCUCCAGAGACACACGACACCUUUCCCUCUGAGCGAACCGUAGACUUAUCUGGAGAUGCGCCGAGACCGCGGCGAGGAAAAGCCAUGGAGCACAGGCGCAGGAAACGGCGCUGAGGAGAACCUUCUGACAGACUCAAAUGACAGAACUGAUGUUUGAAGGGCAAAAUGAAGCGACCCUUUCUUGAUUUUUUACUGAUGGUACUACUUAUAUACAGUUUUAAUCCUCAAAUCUGGGAAAAAUCCAAAUGUGGAAUCCAUUUAGCUAUUAACUUUAGUGCAGACGGAACGGAAGCAGGUCAAUGAAGAAGACUUAAGUAACGGGUGGCCCUAUGGGUAAUUAGAAACACUGCUGUGACACAGGACUAAUGGCACCUUCAGCGUUCAGUAUCUGGAAACAUAGUAGAGGUGGAUGUCUGCCUAUAAUAACUGCAGCAGAAAUGUCAAACCCGGUUCUGCUCUAACUCGUCCAGUAAUGUCUUACUACUUCUGAUAAUCUAACUAUUGUCAUAAAGUACUUGUAAUCUGCAGUGGUUGCCAUACAUUAGAGGGAAGCAGCUAUUGUAAAUACCUGCUGACGUAUUCUUGUGCUUUUUUUAAACUUUACUUUGAAUGGGAGCGCUUUAUGGCCCCCCCCUGAGGGAAAUACAGGGUGCCGAGUUGUUGAUCUAAGCAUCUGGCCAUGCGGUCGCCGUGGCUUUUACUAGUUUCAUGAUCCAACAUUUGAUUGGACCCUAAAGUGUUUGAGUAAGUGCAUUUUCAGGACAAAUGUCUCAUAUUUUUAAAGGGUUUUUAAAGGUGUUGGGGGAGAGAACCACCCUUGCCUGUAUAUACUUUAAUAUAUAUAUAUAUUUAUGCUUCAUUUUAAAAGCAUUCAUAAAUAUGGAAGCUAUUGAUAAUCUUGCAUGGAUGUAAAUAGUUUCACCCAGCAGUGUACGGCCAUCGUCUGUGUAGUUUUACACAAGUCAUGUUAUCUGGAUAGCAAGUGUUACUGAUGAAAUGUAAGAAUAAAACACAGCCAUGGACUGCAAAUGACACCAA